GUGGUGUAUAUGGUGGGUGAAGGCGAGGAGGUGGGAGGGCAGGAGGCCGGGGACGAGGUCCACUUCAGCAGGGUCAUCAGCGCGGGGGGAGCGUCUUCCUACCGCUUGAACGACAAAGAGGCAUGUACCUCUUUCAUCCUGUCGCGUGAUGAUGUCUCGUGUCAAACCGUUGACCCUGGGGUGGUAGAUGUGUGGUAUGGCCCGCAAGAUGCGAUGAACUUUGGUACAGCAGUUGGCGAGUGUGUUUUCAAACCCGUGCUACGCUGCAGUUCGGUUUUUUGUUGUGAUACCGACGCCCUCGCCGCAACCGUGGUGGUGACCUGGGAAAGCUACGAGAAGCGACUGAGGAGCAUCGGGGUUCUGGUCAAGGCCCGCAACUUUCUCGUCUUCCAGGGAGACGUGGAGUCCAUCGCCUCAAAGUCCCCCAAGGAGCUCACGCAGCUGUUCGAGCAGAUCAGCGGCUCAGAUGAGUCCAAGGCUGAGUACGAGGAGCUAAAGGCUGCGAAGGAGAAGGCGGAGGAGGACACCAUCUUCAGCUUCAAAAGGAAGAAGGGCUGCCAGGCGGAGCGAAAGCAGGCAAGGGUUACGGUGAAGGAGCAGAAGGAGGAAGCGGAGAGGUUCCAGAAGAAGCUGAAGGAGAUGGAGGACCUAAAGAUCGAGAGCUUCCUUGUCCAGCUGUUUCACAUCAACAAGGCAAGAGAGAUUUCCCACAACUGCGUUGGGAGGAAACAUGUGGGAAAUGUGAAAAAGGAUGUCGACGAGCGAGAGGAAGACAUCAAGCUGAUGAGGGAAGAGCUAGAGGAAGCGCAGGAGCGGGAGAACGCGGCGGACGUUAUUCUCAAGAGCAAGAAGAAGGAAAUGGCGAGGCUGAACCGCGAGCUGCAGAAGGCACAGGCGGAGCUGAACCGGCAGAAGCGUCUCCGUGACGACAUGGGCCCCCAGCACAUCAAGAUCAAGGAGGGCAUCAGCACGCUCAAGCGGCAGGUGGCCGACGGUGACAAGGCCUUGGAGAAAAUAAGCCGUGAUCGGGAUGCACAGCGCGGCACCGUGGCCGCUCUGUCCCGUGACAUCGCAGCAGUCAAGCAGCGCGAAGAGGCUGCGGUUUCGGGCGGCAAGGGCAAGGGGGAGAAGGGCGGCGGCAGCGGCAGCAGCGGGGGCCUGGCGCGGCUUAGCGAGGCGAAGGCGGCGGAGUACGAGAAGCUCAAGGCCGAUGCGCGGGAGAGAGGCUCCGGGGAGCGGGAGGAGAUGGCCGACGUCGAGCGACAGCUCACGAACUCGAGGUCCAAGGUCGAUCAGCUCCGCUCGGAGCAGGCGUCUCUCGACGAGCGGCUGUCUGGCUUCGACGCGAGCGCGAAGAGGUUCCGUCAGCGGCGGAGCGACAUGGAGAAGACGACGAAGAAGGCUGCCUUGGACCGCGCCGAGCUGCAGCGUCAGCUAGACGAACUCACUGGGAGGAGCAAGGGCGACGCCGUCAGAGCAACGGAGGUGUUGCUCCGGUUGUCACGGGACGCCAAAGACGACCGACGCAUGACCAAGCAACAGGAGAAGAUGGCUGAUUGCCUAGAGGCUUGA